AUGACGACCAUCGUUUCUUCCAAGAUGCUUGAGCUACAUGAACCGAGCACAGGGUCAAGAUCUACUGGGUUGGUACAUUUCAAGUACAAGGAUGUUAAUAACAAAUCGCUGAAGACUGAAGUGAGGGAGGAUGGUUCUUGCCCAUUUUGCUAUAUGCAAUGUGGUAGCUUCAAGGGGCUGCAACUUCAUUUGGAUGCAUCUCAUGGCUUCUUUCAAUUUGAGUUCACCGUUGUCAAAGAGAUCCAGACAGUUAAUGUUUCUGUAAAAGUUGCUGAAGUUGAAUCUCUGAAUCCCUUAAUAGCAGCAUCUCCUUGCUUUUCUCGUUUUCAUAAACCCAAAACCAUAAUGUUUUGCAGCUCCAAGCGUAGACUAAGAGGUGGUAGAAGGAACGCCAGGCGACUCAAUGUAAGCUUUUUACCGUUGGAUUCACCCAGUUCGGCUAAUGGCUUGCAAAAUGGAGUCUCCCUGCUGAAUGCUGGUAAAGUCGCAUCCUUCUCCUGUGAGCUUGCUGGACAAUUUGGGAUGCGUAGCAACACUGCACCAGCCAUAGGUCAGUCUUCAAUGGGAUCUGGUGGUAGACCUAUGCUAGCCACCGAAGCUGCUGCUCCUGCUGCUAGGGCUAAAAAGCUAUCUGCUGAGCGAUCAGAGGCUAGGAGCCACCUACUUCUUCAGAGACGCCAGUUCUACCAUUCUCACAGAGUUCAGCCAAUGUCGGUUGAGCAAGUGAUGUCGGAUCGAGACAGCGAGGACGAAGUGGAUGAUGACGUUGCAGAUUUCGAAGAUCGCCAGAUGCUUGAUGAUUUUGUGGAUGUGGACAAAGAGGAGAAGAAGUUCAUGCAUCUCUGGAACACAUUCGUGAGAAAGCAAAGCUUUUUUGAAAUCUCACAAGAAGAAAUUGCUCCGAAGCUUACCCCUCUUCUGCUAUGGAACCAUGGACUUGUUGACCCGGCCGCCAUGGACAAGUGCAAUUCCAUACUCGAGAAGUGCUAUGAUGAGUGUGUGGCUCCGGGCCGUAACAUGAGGGGCAACGAUAUGGAUGUUGGCGACGAUGAGGAGUAA